AUGGAAAAAGCUUUCGACCGGGUCUGGCACGCGGGACUGGUGCACAGGCUCCUCGACUCCGACAUCCCGCGGCGCGUGGUGGCGAUUAUUAGCUCCUUCCUUCUCGACCGGCGUUUCCACGUCUCCAUCGAAGGGGAGAAGUCGAGCUACCGACCGAUCGCCGCGGGUGUCCCUCAUGGCAGCUGCCUAUCCCCAAGCCUUUAUCUUAUUUUCACUAAUGACUUUCCAGUUGCGGCGGGAUGUGCGGCGUCGCUGUUUGCGGACGACACGGCCUACAUCACCUCUUCCCUGAACGCGCGCCACGCAGCCAUCAAGUUUCAGAGGUCGCUGGACGCCCUUCCCGCUUGGCUGGCAGAGCGGCGCUUGACCGCCAAUGCCGCCAAGACCCAGGCCAUUGUCUUUGGCUGGGGGCACCUCCCGCCACCACUCAGCUUACAAGGGGUCGAGGUCCAGUGGCGCCCCCAAGCAACCUAUUUGGGCGUCACACUGGACCGAGGCCUCACGAUGCGCCCGCACAUCGCUGCAGCCGCAGGCUGCGCAAAGGCGGUGGCCGCCAGACUGCGCCCUGUGCUGCAGUCGUCAUUGCCAGUAAGGCGCAAACUGGCGCUUUACAAGACCUACGUAAGCGGCGCCCGCGUGGUAUGCUCUCGCAGCCGAGACGCAUCGGCGUCGGCUGCGCUACGUGAGAAAUUCCACUAUACUACGAGACCUCAGAGAACAAUCCAUUGA